CCAGUAGUUUCCUCACAAACAGAGUAAAACGCAAAACGCAAUUCCUCACGACAACGACGGACGGACGAACUGGUCUCCCGAUUAGUAAACGAUGAGCAGCGACCCUCCAAAGCUCUUCACCAACAAACCCAAAAAAGCUCUGUUAAGAAAUCUCCCGCAGCAGUCUUUGACAAUGGAAACUCCGUCUUUACCCAAUACACCGCCGCCGCCGCCGCCUCCAAAGCCGUCAACGGAUUCAUUCGCCCGCCGAUACAGAUUCCUCUGGCCCCUUCUCCUUACAGUCAAUAUUGGAGUUGGAGCGUACUGGUUCAUGAGAACUAAAAGGGACACGAGUGUGGAAAAAGCAGUGAAAGUGGAGGAAAUUCCGACACAUACUCCAACUCCAGCUUCUGCUACUGUAGCGGUUACAGAACCGAUAACUUUGAAGCCUGUUAUUGUUGAAACUCCUCCAAAGCCACUUGAGCCAGUACCCGAGAAUCAACAGAGGGAGCUUUUCAAAUGGUUGUUGGAAGAGAAGAGGAAGAUAAAGCCAAAGAAUGCUGAAGAGAAGAAACAGCUUGAUGAAGAGAAAGCCAUCCUCAAGCAAUUCAUUCGCAUGAAAUCGAUUCAGAAUAUCUAAGCUAGCUCUUGUAAUAAUAGCACCAUUUCCAUCAAACUGGUAAUCCGACACAUUUUAUCUUCAUAUUUUGUACAUGGUGUUGCACAUUACUUCAGCUGUUUGUCAUUUCUUUGAAUUCUUCGACUCAUAUUUCCAAAAAGUGGUCAAUUCACGAUGUUUUUUAAAACCAUCUACAUUUCACUUCUGUAAUAUUAAGAAUAACUUAUUUCUGGUUUUGA